UUUGAUCAGCCGCAUUUAAUAUUAGUUAAUUUUUUUGCAUAAAAAGCAGAAAUGCGUUUUAUCCUUGUGCUUGCAGCAGUUAUAGCUGCGGCUUUGUCGUUACCAGCGAACCUAGAUGACUUGCCAGAGCCCAGCCAACUCGCUUUGGUUCUUAACGAAGAUGAUUUUGAGGACUACUUAGAUUCAUGGUUGGACAUUCAACAGCGCAAUAAUGGCAACGCAACACAAUUCGACGCUCGUAGUGGGUGCACAUUCCGCAUUAACGGAGACCUCGGGCAACCUCAGCCAGUCUACAUUCAUCGUAACAACUAUCUCAGGCCAAAUGGCAACUCUGGUCAGAUUCGCCUCAACUCUGGUGAACAAGUCAUCAUUGCCUGCACCGGAUCAGGACGUACGAUCAGACACCCGAAUAUUGCUAAGAACGUCAAUGUUGGUACCGCGACAUGUGUCAACAACAAUCUAGUUUCUGGUUCAGGUUGGUUGAAUGGUAAUGGUGCUUUUGGACAGUUGACUUGCUCUAGUCACUCUCAUCACGAGGCACAAGGAACGAAUCAACGCUGCUUUAACAACAACUUGACUAUUAGGGUUGGGUUUAUCGUAAACAACGUCUUCUACCCACUGUACUGGUCUUGCUUUGACCAGAAGCGUUUGGAAGUUCUCUACGCAUGGUACGAUCAGUCACGAGAAAAUGCAGUACAUCAAACCGGUGUAGACAGACCGAGUUGGUUGGCCGGCAGUUUCUUCCCUGGCGUUGACGUUAACAACCGAUACACACAAGCGCAACAGAAAAUUGCCAUCGCCAACGUUGUGGGCAACGAUCUGGCCAAUAAAUACGUAACCAGCCACCAGUUCCUGGCACGCGGCCACCUUGCCGCCAAGAGUGACUUCGUAUUCGCGACCGGGCAGCGCGCUACCUUCUAUUUCAUCAACUGUGCUCCUCAGUGGCAGCCAUUCAACGCUGGUAACUGGAACAGCCUUGAGCAGAAUCUUCGUGCUCGCAUUGGAGCUGCUGGUUACAACACGGUUAUCUACACUGGUACAUUCGGAGUGACACAACUUCGCAACGCUAACAACCGCUUUGUUGACAUCUACCUUCACAACAACAACCAAAUACCAGUUCCUCAGUACUUCUAUAAGGUUGCGUACGAUGCCUCGCGGCGUUUGGGCACCGCUUUCAUAAGCAUCAACAACCCUCACUACACCCUGGCGGAGACUCGCAACCUGCAGUUCUGCACCGACCGCUGCCGCAACAACAACGCUUUCAGUUGGCUCAGAUGGCAACCCGAUCGCGUCGACAUCGGCUACAGCUUCUGCUGCACAAUCGCCGACUUCAGAAGAGUCAUCGGACAUCUCCCAUCGUUCACUGUCAAUGGUCUUCUGACAUAAAUGCAAAACAAAUAAGUACAGAAAGAAGUAAUUACAU